AUGCAAGCUGCUUCUGAAAUUACAACUUUCAAGUCAUCGGGAAGAGAGGUUGGGUUAGAGGCUGAAAUACUGAAACUGAAAAGUGAAAUUGAUUCUCAUAAGAAUAAGAUUGAUAGUUUGACUUUCCAACUCAAACAGGCUGAGACAGUACACCAAGAACAACUUUCUCUCAAAACAAAUGCUUACAACAAGUUAGAAAGAGAACAUGAUUUACUCAAAAAGAAAUUCCAAGAUCUCACAGUUCAAACCAACAAUUAUAUGGAUGUCAUUAAUAACCAGAAAAAGACCAUUUCCGAACUCACUGUGAAAUCUGAGAAAGUCUCUCAAUUCGAGAAACAAAUUGAGGAAUAUCAACGAGAACUAACUUCACUAAAGGAAAUGAGAAUGAAACAAGGCAAUGAAGAGUUCAAACAGGUCACCAUUCAAAAUGACUUUUAUCUCAAGAGAGUGAAACAACUUGAACAACAAGCUCUUCAGACUGAACAACAAAUUCAAACACUGAGAGAACAAUACAACCAAAAGAUUAAGGAAAUUCAAGACAAGUACGAUCAAGCAUCAGAAGCCUCCGAAAUUCAACUCAAAGUCAUCAAGACUCUCAAGGACAGUGUGAACAAUGAGAAACACAAGAACAAACAACUCGAACAAAUUUGUUUGGAUCUGAAAUCAGAAAUUGACUCUCUCAAGCAACAACUCGAACACUCCAACAACAAAUCAUCAUCCGCAAACAACAACAACAACAAGAAAUCUACGAUUGAUGUCGGAGAUCGUGUUCAAUUCUUCCCAGUCAAAUACAAGAACAUGACAUUGUGGCAAGCCAACUCUCCACAUCACAAGUACUUUUUAUCACCUGAAACCGUGGAUGCUCUCAAAUCUUACUAUCAAGAAAAUUUUCAAAAUCAACACACCCUCAUUGUGAAUGUGAUUGAGGUGACUCCUGUGAAAUCCAUGAAUGAAGAUGAAAAUCCUUUUGGUCUCGAUUUUGCUCAUUCUCUCAUCACUGGCUACAUUAUGUAA